GCCCUCCUCCACAGCAAUCUGGGAGUUCUGGGCCGUCAUUCCCUCCACCGAAUUGGGUGGUGCCCAACGCAAAUCAAACAGCCGGCUACGGUGCACCGGCAUUGCCCCCCAGGCCAAACGCUUAUCCUGGCACACCGGGUGGCUCCAAUACUGGGCCUCAGGGCAAUACUCUCUUAGGCGGCAUCUAUAAGCAAGCGACUGGAGUAGUGGAUCGAGUUGCUGGAGAGAAUACCAGAAUGCAACUUGAAUCAGGUGUCCUUCGUGCCGCUCAAAGGUAG